GGCAGAGUUGUCCCUGUGGCCGCCAUUAAAGAAAGGAAUCCAUGAAUUCAAAUGGAAACCAGGAGGAACAGAGACCGAAAUAAUGGUUAAAAUGACCGAAAAAAUAUAGACCAACACCAGCUUUCGAUCGGUUUUUUACAAGAUGUUUUUCAUUUUUAAAUCAAAUUUGGUGGUGAUGGAGCAAUAGGGGGACGAUUUUAAGCAAAGACCGUUUUAAGCAAAGGGGGAGGGGGAGAGUUGCUUCUUUGCUCUCCCUUUCUUUUUGUUUUAAGAUCAUUUUCGCCUCUUUUAAAAAUUAACUUAACUUAUAGAAGUAUUUUAGCAUAGUCGACGCCGGUGGUUGGAUGCUUUUAAUCUAAAAGCUGAUAUUUGUGGCGGACGAGAAGAAUCGAAGGGGUUGUUGAAUUACAUUCCCCAACCGAUUGUUUAAAAAAUAUUCUCGUUGUAGCUUAGCUAGCAGGCUAUAUACAUCUUAGAAAAUAUUUUUGAAAAUCGUUCUUUCUUUAUUGGGAACUGAAAUGAUGGAGUGUUCGAUCUCGCAGUGAAAGGAUGAGUUCUUGUUUUGUACCGAACGGGGCCAGCCUGGAGGAUUGCCAUUCCAAUCUAUUCUGUCUGGCUGACCUGACUGGGAUAAAAUGGAAGCGCUACGUGUGGCAGGGCCCCACCUCCGCCCCCAUCCUCUUCCCGGUGACGGAGGAGGACCCCAUCCUGUGCAGCUUCAGCCGCUGCCUGAAGUCGGACGUGCUGAGCGUGUGGCGGCGGCACCAGACGCCCGGCCGCCGUGAGCUCUGGCUCUUCUGGUGGGGCGACGACCCCAACUUCGCCGAGCUCAUCCACCACGAACUCGCAGCCGAAGAGGACGGGGUCUGGGAGAGCGGCCUCUCGUAUGAGUGUCGCACGCUGCUCUUCAAGGCCAUCCACAACCUGCUGGAGCGCUGCCUCAUGAACCGGGGCUUCGUCCGAAUCGGCAAGUGGUUCGUCAAGCCCUACGAGAAGGAUGAGAAGCCAAUCAACAAGAGCGAGCACCUCUCCUGCGCCUUCUCCUUCUUCCUGCACGGAGACAGCAACGUGUGCACCAGCGUGGAGAUCAACCAGCACCAGCCCGUCUACCACCUGAGCGAGGAGCACCUGAGUCUGGCUCAGCAGGCCGGCAGCCCCUUCCAAGUGAUUUUGAGCCCGUUUGGGUUGAACGGGACGCUGACCGGCCAGUCCUUCAAGCUGUCCGACCCCCCCACCCAGAAGCUGAUCGAGGAAUGGAACCAGUUCUAUCCCAUCAGCCCCAGCGCCAAGGAGAGCGCUGAGGACAAGAUGGAGGACAUGGACUGGGAGGACGACUCCCUGGCCGCCGUGGAGGUCCUCGUCGGUGGCGUUCGAAUGGUGUACCCUGCCUGCCUGGUGCUGGUCCCUCAGUCCGACAUCCCUGCCGUCGCCCCCAUGGGGCCCUCCCACUGCACAGCCGUCUAUCUGGGGGGUCCCCAAGUGCCUGCCUCCCAACGAGACCCCGCCAUGUCCUCGGUUACCCUCACCCCUCCCACCUCGCCCGAGGAGGCCCAGACAGUGGACUCCCAGUCAGCGCAGAAGUGGGUGAAGUUCUCCUCCGUGACGGACGCCUUCAGCGCUGACAGCACCAGUCACCACGGCGGCAAGAUCCCGCGCAAGCUGGCCAGCCAGGUAGUGGAGCGGGUGUGGCAGGAGUGCAAUAUCAACCGAGCCCAGAACAAGCGGAAAUUCUCCGCGACGACCAACGGCACCUGUGAGGACGAAGUCGUGGACCGAGCCGGGGUCUGGGAUUUUGUGGAGGCCACGCAGCGGUCAAACUGCAACUGCUCAAGGCAUAAGAACCUGAAGCAGCGUUUGGGCGGCACCCCGGGGCAGCCCCAGUCCGCGGGGCAGCCGGCCCAGCCGCCCGCCAAGCACAAGGCCGGGGAGAAGCCGGAGAAGGGCGAGAAGCAGCAGAAGCGGCCGCAGACGCCCUUCCACCACCGCAGCGCAGCGAGCGAGGAGUCCCCGCUGGAGCCCGAGGCCCCCGGGGCGCGGCUGGGUCUGCGGGGCCAGGACGGGGGUCGCUUCCCCGGCCUCCGCCCCGCCGAACCCCCGCCCUCCGCCAAGCCCCCCGCCGACCUGCCCGGCUCGCCCCAGCCCCCGCCCCUCAGCCCCCACCCCUGCGAGCGCGGGGGCGACGAGGGGCCCGAGGCCAAAAACCCCUCCACGCCCCACAACCAACACUUCUACCCGCCCGCCUCCGAGCCCUGCCUGGCCCCCCCCAAAGGGGCCGAGGACCCCCGGCUGGACGGCCUGCCCCCGCCCUACCACCCCGCCUACGCAGAGCCGCAGGAGCCCACGGCGUACGUGGGGGCGGCCGUGGGCCUGGGCGGGGAGGACGGGGGCCACGCCCCCUGGCGGCUCUUCGUGCUCCCGCGGAGGAAGGAGGCGGAGCUCCCCACGCCGCUGUUGCCCGGCGACAAGCUGCGGGACGACCCGGCGGGAGGGCAGGAUUCCGUGGUGUCCGUCACCGAACUGAUGUCGGCGUCCAAGCGGCCCUUAAAAGUGUCGGAGGAGCUGGUGCAGAUGUACCUGCAGAGGCAGAACCAGUACCUGUCGGCCGCUAUCUCGGACGGCGACCACGAACCCGAGGUGGACCCCUACGCCUUCGUGGAGGGCGACGUGGAGUUCCUCUUCCCCGACAAGAAGGACAAGCAGGGAGGGGAGAGGGAGGUCGGGAAGAAACACAAGGGGGACGACAGUGGAUCGGGCCCUGCAGAUGACGCACAGCGAGCCGCGGCCCAUAACCGAACCACCUCCACCAGCCUGAUCCACGAGACCGACCUGGCCGUGUCCAUGAACGACCUGGACAACCUCUUCAACUCGGACGAGGACGAGCUGGCGCCUGGCUCCAGACGUGCUGCCAAUGGGACAGACGAGAAAUUCGGCAAUAAGGAAUCGAAGCCAGCAACACUGGACCCCCUGCCUUGCAUAAGUUCGGCAGACCUGCACCAGAUGUUCCCCACCCCCCCCUCGCUGGAGCAGCACAUCAUGGGUUACUCCCCCAUGAACAUGGGCAGCAAGGACUACGGCAGCAUGGACGCCGUCACCGGCAUGACCCUGCUGGAUGGCACCUCCUCGCUGGGCCAGUUCAAGAUCGAGGUGGAGGAGAGCUUCUGCAGCCCCAAGCCAUCUGAAAUCAAGGACUUCUCCUUCGUGUACAAGCCGGAGCUGUGCCAGCCGUUCGUGGGCUGCUCCAUGUUCGCCCCGCUGAAGGCCCUGCCCAGCCAGUGCCUACCCCCCAUCAAGCUGCCCGAGGAGUGCCUGUACCGGCCCAGCUGGACUGUGGGCAAGCUGGAGCUGCUCAACCCGGUGCCCGCCAUGACCUUCCUCAACAAGGACGGGAACAUCCCCAGUGUGGGCAGCACCAUGGACCCGGAGUACAUCCAGACCUACACGCCCCAAACCCACACCCCCUUCAUGUCCAACAGCGCCCCGCCCAGCAACAGCAACCCCGGGAUCCUGCCCUCCCCCGCCACGCCCCGCUUCUCGGCCCCCACCCCUCGGACCCCCCGCACCCCGCGCACCCCCCGGGGCCCCUCCAGCGUCCAGGGCUCCCUGAAAUACGAGAACUCGGACCUGUACUCGCCCGCCUCCACCCCUUCCACCUGCCGGCCCCUCAACUCGGUGGAGCCGGCCACCGUGCCCUCCAUCCCGGAGGCCCACAGCCUCUACGUCAACCUCAUCCUGUCCGAGUCGGUCAUGAACCUCUUCAAGGACUGCAACUUCGACAGCUGCUGCGUGUGCGUGUGCAACAUGAACAUCAAGGGCGCCGACGUGGGCGUCUACAUCAGCGACCCCAACUGCGAGGUGCAGUACUCCUGCACGUGCGGCUUCAGCGCCGUGGUCAACCGCCGCUACGGCAACGGCUCCGGCCUCUUCCUGGAGGACGAGCUGGACAUCAUCGGCCGGGGCUCCGACGUGAGCCGGGAGGUGGAGAAGCGCUUCGAGGCGCUCCGCUCCGCCUCGCUGGACCGGGCCGGGAGCUCCAGGGAGCGCGUCCCAGACGAGCUCAUCCUGCUCCUGCAGGACCAGUGCACCAACCCCUUCUCGCCCAUCUCCGGCCCGGAGCCCGACGCCCUGCCCAGGGGCCCCGGGACCCCGGCCUGCGUGCGGGUGGAUGAGAGGGACUACCACAGCGACUGCUACUUGGCCCUGGAGCACGGGAGGCAGUUCAUGGACAACAUGUCCGGGGGCAAGGUGGACGAGAACCUGGUGAAGAGCACCUGCCUCCACCACUGGGCCAAGCGCAACGCGGUGGACGUGAGCACGCUGUGCUCUCAGGAUGUCCUGAGGGUACUGCUCUCCCUCCAGCCCGUCCUACAGGACGUCAUCCAGAAGAAGGUUCGCUCAUGGGGCGUCCAGAGACCCCUCACCUGGCAGCAGUUCCACAAGAUGGCCGGCCGGGGCUCCUACGGCACAGACGAGUCCCCGGAGCCCCUGCCCAUCCCCACCUUCCUGGUGGGGUACGAGUACGACUUUGUGGUCCUCUCGCCCUUCGGCCUGCCCUACUGGGAGAAGCUGCUGCUGGACCCCUUCGGCUCCCAGAGGGACGUGGGAUACGUGGUGCUGUGUCCCGAGAACGAGGCGCUCCUGAACGGCGCCAAAACCUUCUUCAGGGACCUGACGGCCGUGUACGAGUCCUGCCGGCUGGGUCAGCACCGGCCCAUCUCCAGACUGCACACGGACGGCAUCGUGCGCGUGGGCAGCACCGCCGCCAGGAAGCUGGCGGAGCAGCCGGUCAGCGACUGGUUCCUGAAGGCCGCCAACAGCGCCAGCGACUCCUUCGCCAAGCUCAAACUCUACGCCCAAGUGUGCCGGCACGACCUCGCUCCUUAUCUUGCUUCUCAGUCACUGGACAGCUCUUUACUUGCACAGCCCAAUCCCGUUCCUGCUUCCAGCCAAUCAUCAUCCACGCAACCCCCGAGCUCCUCCUCCUCCACCUCCUCCUCCUCCUCCUCUUCCUCCUCCUCCUCCUCCUCCACGGCGGGCGCUCAGAGCUCGGCAGUUCCCAGCAGCGGUACGGGCGCGGCCCCGCCCGCCGCCGCCGGCAGCACGCCCUCGUCCACUCACACGCCCUCGGGCCAGGGCGUGGGCGGGGCCAUGCAGUCGGCCAAGCCCAGCUCGUUCCCGCCCUUCGGGGCCGUGGGCGGCGGCUCGCAGGCGGGGCAGCUCGGCCAGCAGCAGGGCGGCCAGAACACGGGCGCCUCCGGGGACGCCGCCAACGCCACUGCACAAUCUCAGGGGCCCGCGGAGCCACCCGAGAGCACCAUGGAGCGGGAGAAGGUGGGCGUGCCCACGGACGGGGACUCGCACGCGGUCACCUACCCCCCGGCCAUCGUGGUGUACAUCGUGGACCCCUUCACGUACGAGGAGACGGAGGGCUCGGGCCACUCCAGCGUCUGGACCCUGGGCCUCCUGCGCUGCUACCUGGAGAUGCUCCAGUUCCUCCCGCAGCACAUCAGGAACGCCGUGUCUGUGCAGAUAAUUCCCUGCCAGUACCUGCUGCAGCCGGUAAGGAGUGAGGAGCGUCACAUCUACGCCCAGCACCUCAAGUCCCUGGCCUUCUCCGUCUUCUCCCAGUGCCGACGGCCCCUCCCAUCCUCCACCAACGUCAAAACACUGACCGGCUUCGGCCCCGGGCUCGCCCUCGACACCUCGCUCAAGAGCCCCGAGAGGCCCGAGUGCUUGCGGCUGUACACCCCGCCCUUCAUCCUGGCGCCCGUGAAGGACAAGCAGACGGAGCUGGGCGAGACGUUCGGCGAGGCCUCGCAGAAGUACAACGUGCUGUUCGUGGGCUACUGUCUCUCGCACGACCAGCGCUGGCUGCUGGCCACCUGCACGGACCUGUACGGCGAGCUCCUGGAGACCUGCAUCAUCAGCAUCGACGUGCCCAACCGGGCCCGGAGGAAAAAAGGCUCGGCCAGAAGACUGGGACUCCAGAAGCUGUGGGAUUGGUGCCUGGGUCUGGUGCAGAUGACAUCACUGCCCUGGAGGGUGGUGAUUGGCCGGCUCGGGAGGAUAGGACACGGAGAGCUGCGAGACUGGAGCAUUCUGCUCAGCAGGCGCAAUCUGCAGUCGCUCAGCAGGAGGCUGAAGGAGAUGUGCAGGAUGUGUGGCAUCUCCGCCGCAGACACUCCCAGCAUCCUCAGCGCCUGUCUGGUUGCCAUGGAGCCCCAGGGCUCCUUUGUCAUCAUGCCAGACUCCGUGUCCACUGGCUCGGUGUUUGGACGGAGCACCACGCUCAACAUGCAGACGUCCCAGCUCAACACUCCCCAGGACACGUCCUGCACGCACAUCCUGGUGUUCCCCACCUCCGCCUUCGUCCAGGUGGCCAGCUCCAACUACACUACUGAGAACAUCGACAUCGCCUUCAACCCCAUUAACGACGGGUCGGACGCCAUCGGCAUCUUUGAUCUGCUGGAGUCAGAGAACGACCUGGUGGACCCCGACAUCAUCAACAUCCUGCCGGCCUCGCCCACCACCUCCCCCGUGCACUCCCCAGGGUCACACUACCACCACGGGGGCGACAGCAGCAAGGGUCAGAGCACGGAUCGGAUGGAGUCUCAUGACGAAGCGCCCAACAUCCUGCAGCAGCCCCUGGCUCUGGGGUACUUUGUGUCGACGGCGAAAGCCGGCCCGCUGCCCGACUGGUUCUGGUCCGCCUGCCCCCAAGCCCAGAACCAGUGUCCGCUUUUCUUAAAGGCCUCUUUGCACAUCCACGUGUCUUCAGUGCAAUCCGACGAGCUGCUCCACAGUAACUACUCCCACCCCCUCGACUCCAACCAGACCUCAGACGUGCUCAGAUUCGUCCUGGAGCAGUACAACGCCCUCUCCUGGCUGACGUGCGACCCUGCGACGCAGGACCGGCGCUCCUGCCUGCCCAUCCACUUCGUGGUGCUGAACCAGAUGUACAACUUCAUCACGAACAUGCUGUAGCGAAAAGCAGCGCGAGCCAGCAACCCGGGGGACAGAGGGGUGCUUAAAAAAAAGGGAUUAAAAAAAAAAGACAAACAACAACAUGUCUGAUUUACUACAGUGCUGGACUUUAUAUGAGUUUGGAAACUCUUCCCCUACCAGUGCGAGUGGAUACGCGUGAGAGAGGAUCGACCCUUAAGAGCCAGUACCCGUGGAGGCGGAGAGGCUGGCUUCUGUCUACUGGCAGACGCCACGCAAGUGUGGGGAUUGUGACGGAAAUGGAAAGCCCUAACAAGGCAAACGGCCGAUCGGCGCCCGCGUGUCUGUCAGGAACGGGAAGAAAAGGGACAUUCGCGAACGAACGAACGAAGCCAACCGAUUGACUCGUCAUUUACAGACCUGAAAUUCCUUGUCUUUGGAUGAAAUUCUAUCCAAAUGAAAUGCCUGCAUCUAUCUUAUUUAUUGUAAGUUUUUAAAUGUAUAAUUUGUCUUAUUUCUUAACCUCUUUUAUAUAUGAAAAAAUCUAGAAGGUUUAUAUCGCCUUCCUGCUUUAAAGCAAUUGGUCUAAAAUAUAUGUAAUCGUCUUAAUUAAAAAACCAACAAAAACCACAAAAAAACAAAAAACAAAGUUGCAGUAGGUUGCUUUUAGAGUAUUAUUUUUUGUAAGGGAGGGGGGGGACAGAAAUUUGUAUUGUCAUGAUGUACAGAUGAAGUAGUUUUGGGGUGUACGCCCUUGCCAUUGUGAGUGGGGGACUUACAGCUAAGCUGCAGCUUCACAGUACUUGUACAGCAAUGAAGUUCACUGUGUUCAAAUAAAGAGGUACAUUGUCGUAUAUAGUAUUUUAUACCACACAUUUAGACACAAAAACCAAACGGCAAUAUAUAUAAAUAAUUAUAUAUUAAUGCUGUGCCGCUAUGGGUGGUGCAGCUUCUGUUUUAGGAAUAAAGUGCGUCAACUCAAUUCUCCUGUGCUUGUGUUUAUUGGGGGGAGGGAUUUUGCGAUGUGAAAAUUUGGACACGGCUGAAAAUGAAGUCCUGCAUAUAUAUAUGUAUAUAUAUUUUAUUGUAGUUGGCUCUCAGGAUUCAGCCUGUACCCUGGUGAUAACUGUGAGGGGGUGGCAGACCAGACCAGUUCAUGUAAGGAAGACCGAUAUGGAGUGUCCUUAUUCACCCAGAAAGCCCUCAAUCCCCAAACCCCCUCCCCGUCAUCCCCCCCCCCCCACCCCCCACCCCCUCCUUCCACUAAAACCCACUCAAUCUGGCUUUCCUGCCCAAAAGUGCAGGACACCCCUCUGACCUGACUGCAUUUAGACCAGCUCUCAUUGCUUUGUGGAAGUAAAUGUGUGGUGUAAAUGAAAAAUUUACCCGAUAAACCGCCUCUGGGAUUAUGCCGAGUUUCUGUGCGCAGCGGAACAUGAAUCGCGUUUUCGGGAAUGCGUCAGUUGAGCUUCCUCUGCUGGAACCUCUGUACUGAUUUUGAAAUAAGCUCUUUCCCAUUUGUUUCUGGUAUGCUUUCAACCCCACUUUGAUUCUGAAAGUUUGGAAACUAGAAGAAAAGUCUAAAGUCAUUUUCUCGGAACUGGUCAGUCCUCUUGUCAAAACCGUACUUGCAAAGCGGUUUUUUCUCACGUGAGCUCAUGAAGGUCAACCGUUGGCCACUGCGUAUUGCGUGUAAAUAUAUACAUAUAUAAAUAUUGAAUUCAAAUGGACAGAUUUUAUUCGAUUAUACUGUAUAGAAAUUGUGCAAAGUAGCAAUUUUUUGUAGCGGUUAAUGUUUCUUCAUUAUGUGCACAUCAGGUUGAGACUUAAUCAUAUCCCUUUAUUGACGGAUUGUCGCUGUCGGGAGCUUGGGCCAUAACGGGACUGCACAUAAAGUGCCGUUGGGUUGCAGAUUCUAUACAGUUGGGGCAGGUUUGUCAUCGAAGAGGCUCUUGAUUUAUCUUUUAACAUGUUUCCCAAAUUUAAAUAUCUGGUGAGGCCUGUUGGCCAUCUUGUCAAAUAUCUGCUUUGAAACUAGACAUUUUCUAUUUGGUGCAGGGGCCACAUUCCGCGCAAUUAGCCUAAGGAAACCUAUCAGGCAACCUUUUCUACAGUUCAUAAAAGCGGUUUAUUCUUGACGUCUGCCUUUGAAACUUUUCAUAAAACUGUGGCUGAACUGCCCAAAGUCAUUGUGUCACACGAGGUACAAAUGGACAUUUUAAAUGCUAUUUUAUUACUAAACUGAGUGAAACCACACUGCAACGUUCCCCUUUCUUUCUGAGACCACAAAAUCCUUACUUGUGUACUAUUGUUGUGAAUUUCAAGUUAUUGGUGUACAUAAGCACCCUCCCCCCGACUGCAGGAUGUAAACAUGAGGUGAACUUAUUUUCAGUGUGAUCUCUUGACGACCUCAGUCUAGCACAAAUUGGAAAUUGCGUUAAAAAAUGCACAGGUUUGUGCUGUGCUAAUUUCACUGUGUAUUUGCUUCUUAAAGUAGCCUGCGUGGAUAACGGGAUGAUUGCUAAACUAGCAACUGUGCGCUGGCUACUGACAUGAAGGGACUGAGGAAUCGCAACAAAAUAAUAAAAUUAAGAUUUUCCAAAAUGAUAUGAGUAAAUGUAAAUGUAAAGGUUUCUCUUGGUGGCAUUGCAUCACUGUAUGAUCAAACUGACUUUUGAAAUGUCAUUAAAUUCAACUUGAGUGGCACACCUGAUUGAAGCAUUGAAGAAGUGUGCGGUCGGGGGAUGGGAUUCCUAAGGGACUGCAUUGGUUUUGAAUUCUAAAAAUGUUAUUAUAAAUAGCUACUAUAAAAGCUACUAUAUAAUAAUUAUAAAUAGCUACUAUGAAAGAGGAUAACUUAAUAUAUAUAUAAAAUAUAUAUUUGUAAAAUUCUAAUCCUGCCCAGUUUUCUGUACUGAAAAAGUGUGAAAAGGAGGAAAAUGAGCGUUGUGUCCAAGUAAUUUAAAAAAAGAAACUGAUUCCAAAAAUGUUAAAUUAAAUAGAAUUCCUACCCUGCUAACAAGAUUUUGAAGACAAUUCUAAAACUUAACUAAAUUCUUGAAAAUGUUUGUAUUGUCAUUUGUGUUUAUUCUUUAUUUUUUUAUAAAACUAAAUCACAUAUGCAAAUUACUGCAUCGUCUUUGUAUAACAGGAAAAUACCACAUCCAACAUUUGCAUUUUAUAGUGGAUAUUUGAUCAAAUUUAAAAUUGAUCACGUUUUUGAAUACUCGAAUUCGAAUUAUCAGUUUGACUUUAAUUUCGUGUAUCGUUGGCUGCCGAUUUUAUACUCUGUGUGUAUGAGAGGUGCAAUUUCAAUUACUUGGACCGAGCCGUUUUUCUCCUUAUCCCUCCAAAUGUACCAUCUAUGUAAUGUUGUGAGAAAUGUCUUAAAUUAUUAUUAUUAUAAGUGAUUUCCUUCAAACAUUGUUUGAUUCAGAAGCUGAUAGACAAUUAAAUCCUUUUUAUUACCACAAUCACUUUUUGGGGUGCACGGAGAAACGCAACUUAAAGCUACAGAGACCUGAAAGCUGAAAAUUAAAAACAAUUGUGGCUAGAAAUGUACAAAAAAGUUCAUACUUUAAAUGACAUUUCGGAUGAAUAAUAAAAUAAUUUAUUCAGAACUUUUCA